AUGGGCAUCUGCGCGAGCUGUCUCGGCCUCAACCGGCAAGCUGCGCGUGAAGUGANNGCGUCAGAGAGCGAAGGGCUCCUGUACGAAGAUGCAGCCCAGCCUCAGUAUGGCACCGUGACUCCCGGCGCGACUCUGCCAGAGCCCGACCCGGAAGAGCUGAGAAGGGAACGCGAAGUGCUGGAGCGCAUCUGCGCCCAGACGUCCAACAGCGAGCUCAUCGACGUCCUCCAUCACGACUCCAAACUCGCCAGCGACUACCCCUACCUCCUCAACAAGCACUUCCCUCCCUCUUCUAGUGGCGCCUCGUCACCCACAAGCACGACUGUCGACGAAGACGCAUGGCUCGCUGCCACCCAGCCUACCGAGCGAGAACUCUGGUCUGAAGUCAAAGGCCUCAAUCCCGGUGAACUUGUUGUCGAGCUCAAUCCCCCAAACUCUGCAUCCAGGUGA